AAAUUUCCGUUAUUGUCGUCGCUGUAGCUUUACAAUGCUGAGAGCACUGCUCGUUUGAAUGCGACAAAUGCAACCUUGUCGUACUAAUUUUAACAAGCAUAAUUUAGUGUUUUAGAUUGAAACAGCAAUGAGAAUAGAUUAUUAACGUAGCCAUUCGUUAAAAUGGCCUAACUUUGGAAAUGUUUUGGGAGAGUAGAUGUCUUUUUUGUAUAACGUUACCAGUGUUGUUACUUCUGACGCUAUGGAAACAGACGAGCAAGCGAGGAACCGUUUUCAAUCAGAGUUAGAAUUUGUUCAGUGUCUGGCCAAUCCCAAUUACCUGAACUUUCUUGCUCAAAGAGGGUACCUGCGAGAUAAGGUAUUUGUGAAUUACUUGAAAUACUUGAUUUAUUGGAAAGAACCAGAGUAUGCCAAAUUUCUCAAGUACCCCCACUCCCUCCACAUGUUGGAACUACUGCAAUAUGAACACUUCCGUAAGGAACUUGUGAACGCACAGUGUACCAAGUUUAUCGAUGAACAGCAGCUCCUGCACUGGCAGCACUACUCCCGCAAGCGCACUCGUCUCCAGCAAGCACUGGCAGAACAGCAACAGCCACAGCAGCACCCACCACAUGGAAACGCUGCGUCUAAAUGAGAGAAGUCGAAGAGAAGACAAAAGUGCAUUAUUUCCGUAGCAAAAGAAAAUGUGUACAUGGGAAAGACCAAACUUUCACCAACAGACUUUCAUGGCCAUUCAUAUGGAUGAGCUCAUAGAUCAAGUAUUACGUUGAAGUAUUACAUUGACAUCAUGUACAUUUUUGCAGAGAUUCAGCCUUCCACAUACACACAAAAUGUAUGGGAUCUCCAACGUAAGACUGUUUCCCUUUGGUUUUGUUAUAUGUCUGUACUUGAUGCGAUUAUUUGAUUAGAUUGAAGCUAGUUGACUGAACUGGACUGGUGUGUGUGUGUGAGUGAGUAGUGAUAUGUUGUACAGUAGAAAAACUAGAACACUUUGAAGACAUCCAAGCACGUAACUGCAUCCAUGUUGCAUAUGGUUCUAUAAUUAAUGCUGAUGCCACAUCAGACCUCCAGUCUCCUCCCUGAUCCAGUGGCAUAUUAGAGUGUGUUAACCCAGAAACUCUAGAAUUGCAAUGGUUAGGCAUAAUGUAUAGGCCUAUAUGCUGUAUGUUCAAUUUCAAAACAACUAGAGCAACACUGACUACCUUUAAUGGUGUCAACAUGACUAUGAACUGUGUGUAGAGUAAGUAAACCACUUUCCAGGGGAAUUCUUCUCUGGGUGUCACCACGGAAACAGCAACAAAGAGCAAUAGGAUUUUGCUUAUUUAUCUGUUCCUACACAUAUGAAACAACAAUUAUGUUUCAACAGCCUAUUUUUACCAAAAUGGUCAAGGUCUUCAUCACUGUAGCGUUCCCAUUUGUUUUGCCGCACUAAGCUGCCAUCACAUUCCUGACUAGAGUCAGGAGUGAACAAAAAGGGGUGAGAUGGCACUGCCUGUCUUUUCCAGUAUUUAUUGUAGAUAUGACAGGAAGAAAAAGAAAAACUAAGGCUUGUGAGUCCCUACACAGGCUGUUCGAAUUUUUAAAAGCAGCACUCCCGCAGAAGCAGGCCCAGCGUCUCAAGCCGUCGUCUCUAUCUGUCUCCGUCUCAGACUCUGACUGUGAAUGUAGCAACUUUGACGUAUAGUAACCUGGUUUAGGCAGAACCCCAAUCAUAAGUCUGCAGGUGGUGCAAGGCUAGCAAAACACACAAGGACGUAGCACCUGCGCCUAAAUUUGGUAGAAACAUAAAUAACUGUGAAUUACGAGGUUCAGUUAUUCUCAAAAGCAAGACUGGUUAUUGUGGUUCCAUCAGUAUUCAAAUAUUCUGUGAACAACCCUUAUGUCCAGUUGACAAACAUUACCAAUAACAAGUUUUUGUUUUAUGGCUUAGCAAAAUCAUCUGUACGGUGGUGAUUUAAAUUAUUUUAUUGGUAUUAGCAUGCAGCAAAACUAGCAGGUGUUAACUCUACAACACAAAAGUCUUACACAGUGCAUGACAGCAUAGUUAAUGUUAACCAGAGUUGUUAUAGUUUUGACAUUUUUAUUAGUUUCUAUUUUUUAUUUAGUCUUUCAGUUUGUUCAGUUAGUUUUAUGAGGGCAUAGGGGUUAUAGCUAACAAACACUAAGACUAAAACAACUAUUCAUCUAAAAAUGACAAAUCAAUGAACGAUGCAUACGAAAACAAACAAAAACAUAAAGCAGCUUUGUUUUCAUUUCCCCCCUUGAUUUGCACUGUGGUUGGUAUUCCACUUUGUCCUGUUCUGUUUGACUUCUUGGCCUAAUAAAAAGGAAAUAAAUCACA